GAGCCGCUUUGAAUACUGAACGAAAAAUGUUAGCUCCUGUGUUAGCACCGAGCUACCUAAUUGACCAUAACGUUACACUAGUUUUCAAACUUGUGCGCUCUCCGAAAUCAUUAACAGGAAGAUAUUUAGUGGGUGCCUGGAACCUUGUUGGUGCUUGAGGGGAUUCAGGAACCUGGUGUGAAAAUAUUUGCCCCCAUGUAUGAUUUCUCGUAGAUUCUCCAUCCCCCAUUCAUACACACAUGGAAGGAAAAUGCUGUGGUUUUCCAGAGUGUUCCACUCAGGCCUUUAAAGAGGAAUGCAGUGGAGGGGUGAAGAAGGCACCUCUAGCAGCUGACACUAUCUGUCCUAAAAUAGUCCAGAUCACUGAGCUACACUUCACACACACAUACACACACACACACACACAUACACUGCACUCACUCACAGUGGGGACACGGUUUGCGAAAGCUCUGAGAAUUCUACUGGAUUAUACAUUAAAGAAUCCAAACAUUUCUACUCCAAGGGUGAACUCUGAAGACUCAAAAUGCCAAAGAUUGUCAGACCGGACAACUGUCAACCAGCAAAAACACUGUGGUUUGACCGCAAAAAGUAUGUUACUAUAAACUUCCUGGUUCAGAAAGCGACAAAUGUUCAGACCGAUAUCCAGGACACCAAAAUGAUCCUCAGCUGCAAAGAUGACGACGACAACAACAUCUAUAACGAGAUCGAAUUUUAUGAUCGAGUGCACAAAAAUGAUUCCAGGGAGAAGGUACAUGACCGGACCAUUAAUGUUCUGAUAAGGAAAAUGAAGGGCAAUGUAGCCUGGCCUCGUCUCACUAAAGACACAGCAAAGCCAGCCUGGCUAUCAGUAGACUUCGAUAACUGGAGAGACUGGGAACAUGAGGAGGAAGAGGGUCAAGCUGAGUUUGAACAGUACAUGGAUAUGCUGUCUGAUAUGAAACAGAAAGGCGAGCCACCAAGUAUGGAUGACCUUGACCUUGAUAGUGACUGAGUGACUCCGUCUUCCCAAGAUUGUUGUUCAUUCUUCCCAAGGCCCUGGAAAAUAGCUCAUUGAAAUUACCUGCACUAUGUAAGGAAUAAAACACUUAAGAGAGGUGCUGUUAUAUAAUAAUAAUAAUAAUAAUAAUAAUAAUAAUAAUAAUAAUAAAGGGCGGCACGGUGGUGUAGUGGUUAGCGCUGUCGCCUCACAGCAAGAAGGUCCUGGGUUUGAGCCCCGGGGCCGGCGAGGGCCUUUCUGUGUGGAGUUUGCAUGUUCUCCCCGUGUCCGCGUGGGUUUCCUCUGGGUGCUCCGGUUUCCCCCACAGUCCAAAGACAUGCAGGUUAGGUUAACUGGUGACUCUAAAUUGACCGUGAGUGUGAAUGGUUGUCUGUGUCUAUGUGUCAGCCCUGUGAUGACCUGGCGACUUGUCCAGGGUGUACCCCGCCUUUCGCCUGUAGUCAGCUGGGAUAGGCUCCAGCUUGCCUGCGACCCUGAAGAACAGGAUAAAGCGGCUAGAGAUAAUGAGAUGAGAUAAUAAUAAAGAAAUAACAUUGUGUUCAAAUUACCACCCCAAAGUUGAUUCUUUUUCCAAUAAUAGCAUGUCACAAAGUGUUUUAUUUCUUUUCUACCACAGCAAUUCGCCAAUACACAUUAAUUUUAUCUAUUUGUUGUUACAUUUAAUAUUGUGGAACAUCUGUGAAACAAGUAAACGGCCAUUCCCUCUCUUUACCAGCAUCUCAUUAUUUUGUCUCUUGAGGUUAUUAAGAUAAAAACGCAGCUUGUCAUGUUACCAAAAAAACACAACGCACAAAGUCUUACAUCCUUCAUCCUUCCUGUGGUGUCACACUUCAUGUGACAACUUUUUCUCUGACUGUUACAUAACCCUGACAUUUGAGACUGCUUCCAAAAAUGUGAAAUUACAUACAUUUUUAAUCUGGAAAGUCCACCAUACAAUUCCCAGUGUAUGUUUUUUACUAUAGAAGCUAUAAUAUAUUAGAAUAACUGCAUUAAU